UAACAAAGUACCAACCCACAUAUAACCUCACAAAAUACUUUUUAUUUUUUUAGAAAUCAACCUCACAAAAUCAAAACAACAAAAAAGGAAAAAAAAAAAAGAAAUUAAAGUAAUAGUUAAUACUAUAGUAAAUUGGGAAAUGAUGCAUAUUUUUCUCAUUGGACCCAUCACCACCUUUGACCCAAAACCGAACAGAUAAACCCCUUAAACCAUGGGACCCACCACGUGUCAUCAUCUAGUGGGUCCAUUGUUUUGUUGUGUGAUGGGCAUAAAACCGUAGGAUUAUUUCUUUUCCUUCCCUUUGAGCCCUCAUUGAUACAUUUGUUUUUUUGUUUUUUUUUUUUUUUUUUUGAAGCCUUUACUUCGUGCUUCUUCUAAUUCUUCCCUAUUUAAAUGGUCACUCAUAUCUUCUCCUGUGGUCGUCUUAUUUUACUCCUUCCUUUCUAACUCCUACCCUUUUAUCUUAAGCUUCCAUUUUUUUUUUAAUUUCUUCUCUCUUUCUCCAACCUACCGGAAAAUUCUUUCUCGAGAAAAUUUCUGGGUUUUUAUCCUUCUCUACUGGGUCUUUCUUAGUUUUUUUCUCCGUCAUGGCUAUGAUUCAGAAGCGCGAAGUUGAAGAAGACCACGUGACACGAGCCGUUGAUCUUAGUAUCAACGAUAGGGGUGAACAAGCAGAGAAAAAUGAUUUAAACAGAGAAAGCGGCUCGUCUCCACGAGCUCCGGAGUCGGCUAAGGCACUCGUAGUCGCGCCAAAAGAAGAGCCGGAGCCCGACAUGGAACAGAGAUCGCCGUCGCCGACGGCGGCGCCGAUUAUGCAGGUCGUCCCUGUGACUCAGCAGCAGCCGAAAAGGGCUUCUACCAAGGACCGCCACACCAAGGUAGAAGGUCGUGGUCGGAGGAUCCGAAUGCCCGCGACUUGUGCGGCUCGGAUCUUUCAGCUGACUCGAGAACUUGGCCACAAGUCCGACGGAGAGACCAUUCGGUGGCUUUUGGAGCACGCCGAGCCGGCUAUUAUAGCCGCCACCGGUACUGGAACCAUACCGGCAAUCGCUAUGUCCGUUAAUGGGACGCUAAAAAUCCCCACAACGGCUCCGAACCCGGAACCCGGUGAUCCACCCGUUAAGAAAAAACGGAAACGACCCGCUAACAGCGAGUACGUGGAUAUGAACGACGGCGUUUCGGUCUCUGCAGGGUUGGCUCCCGUAGCCCAAGCCCAGCAAACUCUUUCACAACAACAGCAACAACAACAACAAGUGGUUCCUCAAGGUCUCGUUCCCAUGUGGGCAAUACCAUCAAACGCCGUCGUUCCAGCUGGAACGUUCUUCAUGGUACCACCUAUGGCUUCCAUUGCCGGACCUUCAACGCAACCACACAUAUUCACAUUCCCAGCGAACGGAGCGCCGUUCAUCAACAUCUCGGCGAGACCGAUUUCUUCCUUCGUUUCCUCCAUGGCUAAUUUAGCCACGCCGGUUCAUUUCCAAGCCGGUUCAGCAAAUUUAAGCUCGACUAGUUCGGCUUCAAAACCAGCUAAAGCUCAAUCUGUAUUGGCUCCGAGUAAUUCAGGUUCAGCUUCAACGACGGGUAGUUCAACAACCACGACAACGACGACGACGACUCAGAUGCUGAGAGAUUUCUCUCUGGAAAUAUACGAUAAGAAAGAGCUCCCUUUCAUGUCUAGGUCUUCAUCAAAACAUUGAAAAGCACUGGGAAAAAAAAAAUAAAUAAAACCCAUAAAAAAAUAAAUAAAAAAGUGUUUUUCAGCGUUUUUUUGAUGUUUUCGUUUUUUAUUGGUGGCCUUAAGAAAUCCCAUAGGAAACGAAAACAAGGGAAAAUUAGAGAGAGAGAGAGAGAAGCGGCACGUGCUCACGUGAGGGUGAGAUUGAAAGGUGUUGCACGUGUAAGGUGGGGUCGGAUUAGGCGGAAAGAUGGGGACCACAUGAGUGGUGGGUCAACACUGAGAAAAACAAAUAAUAAAAUUAAAGUGUGGGGUCCAUAUACGUAGGGGCUCGGCUUUGGGUUCGCUCCGUGGACCGUGCAAAGAGUUUUUAUAGAGUGUGGGGCCACCUGAUCUCUCUCCUCCCCGUCAUGUGAUGGUGGGCGCGGGCCCCUAGGGUGGGAAAAGAAAAAAACGGUGGGCCCUACGGGACCGUUCUCGCACUAUUUCCGAGGAGGGCUUCCUUUCGCGUGUGCGGUGGUCCCCACGGAAGGGGGUUCGGUGGUCCGACCAAGACAAAUGGAUUUUAGGUCGGGAAUUGCGACACGUGGCCACUGCUUAGCUUGCCGAUGAUUGUGGUGACCUUUUUCCAGUGCGACACGUGGGACAUCUAUGUGGGGCCGAGGUUUUUGUAAACCAAAAAUAAAAAGAGAAGAGAAAAAUGUGACGAUGAUGAUGAUGGUAUUUUUAUGUGGAUGAUGAUCCAAUUAAUUGCUAUUUUUUAAGUUUUUUCUUUUCUUUUUUUUUAAUUUUCCAACUCAGGAGGAAGAAUUUUAAUUUUGUAAAUUGUACAGCGCUUUUUUGUUUUUUGUUUUCGUUUUUAGUAUUGGUCUUAGUUUCCCACUAAUUUCCCAAUUUAGCAUCUAUUAUUUUUAAUCAAUAAGUGUAAGGAAAAACUCCUUUUAUGUUCACACCAAAAUAAAAAUUUUAAAAAGUCAAUCUUAUUUUGUCUUU